GUCCAGUGCCACUAACUGCAUUUUUAAAGGUAAGAAAAUGCAUGCCAUCAUUUACACUACAAUAAAACAACACAACAAUAAACAUUCUUAACUUAUAAGCAUAUUUAUUUGAACCAACCAGCUUUACAUCAACCAAUUCACCAUGUGUAACAGUACAGGAUUUCCUGCAUGGCUUAUAUUUAAUGGAUUUCAUUUCAUUACAGAAUCUAUCAAACAUUUGAUUUUUUAAUUGCUCAUAAAAAAAAUUUAAAAAAUUGCCAUAUAAGUUGGUUACACUAACUAACAUUCUUAAGUUGGUUACACUAAAUAACAUUCUGAACAUAAAGCAAAAUAUCAUAAUAUCUUAACAAUGGUAAUGAUUUUGCUAGUAGCUAUCUAAUGCCAAUCUGUGUUAGGUAAAUAAAUACAAUAACAUUACACAGGACAUAAAGUGACUAAUACAAGCAAAGUGUCAUUUACAAGAAAAUUGUCAUAUACAAGAAUUUGUGCACAAAUAAUAGAAGAUUAUUCUUUUUUUUUUUAUAAAACUUUGCUUAUUUAGAAAUAGUUUUGUACCUUAAAAUAAUUAACAUCAAUUUUAAAAGUAUUACAAUUUAAAUUUACUUUCAGAACUUCUAUGAAACUAUGGCAACUCAUUUUGCUUAAAAAUAAAUCUUUUAAUUCAAACAAAUAUAAGAAACCAGGUCAAAUACAUAAUUGUCGAGACCAAAAUAAGAGGACUAUUCAUAGAACUGAUGUUUCCUUUUCUAACCACAUUUAGUAUCAGGUGCCUUGUGGGUUCAGUGCCCUGAUGAAAGGGAGACAAAGUCUAGGUGAUCAGGGACCUCAGGACCAACCUUCCAGUACUUCCAGCAGUCAACUCACUGCCGAGCUUAUCUCCUCUUGUAUAGCCAUUGACUUGCCAUCAUGUAAUAAGAAUGAAAGUUUUAUUUUUUAUUUUUUAUGAUAUAUUUUAUUUCUGAAGUCAGUUAGAAAAGCCUACCAGUCUUCCCCCCCUUCCCAUGGAAGAAACCCCACUUAAAAGGGAACAGAAAUGUUUUUGCUAUUAUUGACACUUUAAAAUUUUAAUGCUGAUUGUCAGCUAGUUAUCAGCUAGUUAUUAGCCAUGUUUAUCUAAAUUAAAUACUUUGUUGAAAUAGCAUAUCCUAUGAAAUAGUAUACUCUGUUAAAAUAGCUUAUACUUUAGGAGCUAAUGCUUUAUUUAUACUCUCAAUAGCUAUUUCAUGUAUUUUCCAAAGCAAUGUACACAAAACAAGUCCAAUGGAGGGACAGUUUAGAAAAGAUCAUGUUUACAGAUGGCAAAUGGAACUUCCCAAGUAAUUGAAAUUAAAUUAUAUAUCAAUAGAUGUAACUCUAUUGUAUUUUAAUAGCUGUACAUUUAGUUUAUGAAUGCUGUACAAAUAUCAUUUGGCCUUCGCAUGACACCGUGCAAGUAGUUGGUGAAAGAAUUUUAUGACCUAAAGAAAUGGCGCUGAAGAAAAUGUUCAAAACUUCUGUCCUCUUUUAAAUCUAGUAUUUGGCACCUAGUGCCCGUAUACAUUUAACAAUAGGUCACUUAAAAACAAAAACUUUUAUUCCUUAUUUGCUACUAUUCUGAUUUUUAAAAAAUGAAAUGUUACUGGAUCUUAAUAAAAGAAAAUUUAAAAAUACAACUUGAUUUCACAAAUAGUGACAGCCCUUCUGAUGCUACCAGCGAGUUUAACCAAAGAGGACCUCAUUGUUUGCUCACAGCAGAGACUGACUGAGAAAUUCAAACUUCAUCCUCUCUGUUGUUUUAGAGGUGAGACUUGAAAACAGUUGUCAGAAAAAUCUGGCAAUCCAAUUAUACAUCUACUUCUGAGUGCUUCUGUCUGUUUUUUUCUUCUUUUUUUACAUGCUUAUGAUGGUUAAAUUAGUUAUAUAAAAAAGAAUGGGACAUGCAGGAUAUGUGAUUUGUUGAGAUAAUUUAAAAUAGAACAUGAAUGCAUCUACCCUAACCCAACAGAUAUAGGCCCUAUGUACUAGAGAACAUGAAUGCAUAUGACCCUAAAUGUAUAGAUAUAUGUACUAGAGAACAUAAAUGCUUCUAAAUUCUUGUGGGAUAUUGCAGAUGGAAUCAUCUUUAGAAUGGUAUGAAAUAUUUUUUUUAUAACCAAGAAGAGAUAUAAGUUUAUUUGUAAAAAUGAAUGAAGUAAUUUAUCUCUCUAUAUCUAUGAUCCUAUAUCAAAAGCUGAUGUCAACACUGUAGCAUCCGUGGGACCAAGUGCCCC